UAGAUACUUUUCACAGGGCCAAACACAAAGCACAAAACGGAAGUUGAAGGGACUGAAUGUCACUCUUUGGUCAAACUGUAGCAUGGUGGGCUUCGUUUUCAACUAACGUACAGUAAAAUGUCAGGGUACAGUUUAUUUAGGAUAGUCACUUUAACGAAAUGCAUCACAACCAACGCUACGACGUCGCUAUGCAGGACGAACGUAUUAAACAAAAUACAGACAUGUGGAUAUGCUAAGAAAGUCGCUGCCAAAGGGAAAGGUAAAGGCAUGGUGAAAGAAGAGUUCAAGGGUCCAGAGGUGUGUAAAGACCCUGUCAGACUGACUUCUUAUGCAGUAGGGGUCAACAUCCUCAAGCAAGGAGAAGACCCCCAGCUGAAGCCUUCUGAGCAAUAUCCAGAGUGGUUAUUCCAGUUGAACCUGGGAACGCCAAGAAAGCUGCACGAGCUGGAGUCAGAAACCUGGGAAUACUGGAAGCGUCUGAGGAAGGAAAACAUUUGGCGUUUCAACAGACUACAUAAAGGGAAGAAGUUUUAGGCCUAACGGGACUGACAGAGGGCUUCUUCAUGGACAUCGGGUUAUUUCAGACUCUGUGGACUGAAUUACCUGACAUGGUGUAUAUUCAGAGCUUGCUGAAUGAAAUGUCAUUAGACCAACUCUUUGCCACUUCCAGCGUGUUAUUUGAAAUCCUGCAGCAUAUUCAGUGGCCCUCUGUUGACAAUAAUUGAAAGCUAUAAGAAAGCUCAUUGAUGGUUAUGUUGAAAAUGGGUGGAAAUAAAAUAUAAGACCUAACACUCACAAUGUAAUGGGUCCAACCCACAACCAGAGUAAGGCCUCAAAAACUGAAACAGUCUCAACAAAAACUUCAUACAUCAUAAUCAUUCUUGACCUUGGAAACAGUAGUUGGCAAAACAACCUCACCACUAGUUCCAUUUAGUAUUGUUAUGGAGCUUUCAGUCUUCUUCAGCAGAUGGUAUUUGCUUGUUUUCAUGAAAUUGUAGACGUUCAACUUUCAAAGAUUAGUGGACCUUGUGGUGAAAUUGUAACAUUUUCAGUUUCAGAAAAUUGGUUCAGGGAUGCUGGAUUGCUAUGAAUGAAUUUCUUCACGUUUAUGUUUUUGGUUUUGGUUUUAAUCCAUAUGUGAAGUGAAAUGGCCUGCUCAUAUUUCCACAAAUGGCGUUCUUUUUGUUGUUGCAAACUCAUUAUUAAUAAAUAGGACUUGUCGUUCAUAUGCCUGUAAA